CAUGUGAAUCGCAAACCGCAUCCUCAGGUCAGAGAAACUCCAACAACUGACAUCACUCGUCCUUAGUCUCUCUCUCUCUCUCUCUCUCUCUCUCCUCUUCACCGAUCUCUAAAACCUAAACUUAGGGUUUCGUUGAGUCCUUAAACUCGAUCUCAAUUCUGCAGAAACCAGCAAAAUUAGGGCUUUUCAAUACAAUUUAUUAGAAGUGCACCCCAAAAAGAUUCGAUAUUUAUGUCCCAAACUCGUUGAUUUGAACCAAAAGAAUUAGAUUUUGCUUUGUUUUCACUCUUGAAUCUUGAUUUCAUUUUGGUGCGUACUUGAACGAACAAACAAUACAGAUGGAUGACACUGAAGACGAUGCUAGGUAUCCACCACAACGCUACUCUGUGAAUCACCACUCAGCCUACGACUCUUCGAUUCGCUCUAGACAUCCCAAUCGAAACCCUUCUUAUCCAGUCAACAACAACAAUUAUCGCGACGAGGAUGACAACAUUGAAUACGAAGAUGAUGGAGCAGACGAAGAGGACGAUGAAGAAAACCACGAAUCCGAUGAUCAAGACGAGGACGAUGAAGAGGAAGAAGAUGAUGGUCGAAUUGGGCACCAAAAGAAGCGUAGAUUGGAUAAUUUGGUUUCUAACUACGAGUUUGCCCCUCGUGUGGCUCCGAAACCGUCCAGUACUGCUCGGAAUUCUCCGGCGGAAUGGACGGAGCACGCUACGUUUGUAUUAUUAGAGGCAUGGGGGGACAGGUUCUUAGAAUUAGGGAGGAAGAGUUUGAGGUCUGAAGAUUGGUUUGAGGUGGCCGAAAAGGUAUCGGAGGCGUCAAAGGUGGAGAGAACAGAAGCGCAAUGUCGGAACCGAUUGGAUACGUUAAAGAAGAAGUAUAGGAAAGAGAAGGCGAAAAUGGAGGAAAUGGGAGGGAAUGCUAGUAAAUGGGCGUUCUUUAAGAAAAUGGAUAUGUUGUUGAAUUCGCCGAGGCAACAAUGUGGGCUGGCUUGCGGUGUUGAUUCAGGGGAGUAUGUGUUUAUGAACCCUAGAGUGUAUUUGAAUCGGUCCAAUGGUUUGGAUGAGAUGAGGGAUAGUCCAGGAGAGUCAGAGUCUUCCGGGGACGAUGAUUCCGAUGGGCUUCCGCCUAAGAGGAAAGGGUUUGGAGGAGAGGAAAAUAAUGGAUCGUCUUUCAGGUUGUUGGCAGAUUCGAUUCAGAAGUUUGGGGAGAUUUAUGAGAAGAUUGAGAACAGUAAAAGGCAGCAGAUGAUGGAGUUGGAGAAGAUGAGGAUGGAUUUUCAGAGAGAUUUGGAGGUGCAGAAGAAGCAGAUUCUUGAGAGGGCACAAGCGGAGAUUGCAAAAAUACAGCAAGAAGAUGAUCAAGAAACUGAUAGUUCUACUGAGAACCUCAGUGGAUGAUCAGUUGGAGUAUUAAGAAGGAAGAUGACAACUGAACUUUCUGUAAUUCCUGUGGAAAAGGGGGCUCUUUGCUCUGAAUUAGGAGGGAGCUUGAGUAGAUAUGAAUGCAAAUCCUUGAAAAUGUUCCGGCUUCUAUGUGAUAUUCUAGCUUUGGAUUUUUGUACUAAUUACUCUUUUUUUUCUUAAAUAAGUACUCUAUAAUCACCAAGUGAGCAGUUUGUUAUUUGGUGGAGAAUUCACGGUUUGCUAUUUUUCUGCAUUUUUGGCUAAUUUUAGAAGUUUUAUUUUGCUUGCACUACAAUUGAAGUAAAUGCAUGAUUGGGGUUCAAAUGACAAUAAUACCAUGGAUUCCGAUUUAUUGUCAUCUUUCUUGCCAGCUUAAUAAAAAAUGGUUUAUCACUAAUCCAAUUUUUUGCCAUGUUAGUUUUGAUUCAGACGCAAGGCGGGGUUGGAGUCGGAGUUGAACUCAACAUUUGUUGUUAUUUUACGUAAAGGGUUUUGCUCUCUCGUAUCUGCAUUUUCAUUUUCAUGAUUCACAUAUUGCAAGUUUGAGGUUUAUAUCGUUGUUCCAACCAAUGGCUCCAUUGGAAAUUGCAAGUUUCAACUGGUGAGACAGUUUUAAUAAGCACAUAUGGCAUGUGGAUUUGCAAAUUUAAUGGUGACACAAAAUAGUUUUGAGAUGCAUGAAUAAGAAGCACCUGUUUGGCAUAUGGGCAUGAGGAUUUGCAAAAGCCUCUGUUUUUAGCAGCAAAAUGGUAUGAAAAUCUACUGAUUAACAACAUCCGAAGAAAUUUGGAUGAUCCACUCUACACCUUUAAGUAUAAUAGAAAGCACAUUGAUGACACCACUUCGUUCCUUAGCCUGUUGGCACCAAUGUUUAAAUUCAUCCUAACCAGAAGAGGUUGAGGGAUCGAAUUGUGGUAUGUACACGCACAAACACACGCCACCUUCCUGAAUCAUCAAAGAGGUAUUUCAAAAUACCUCAACUUUUA